UUCUCACUGUCUCUUUCUUGUUUCUCUCUCACACACACCCACACUCUCACACACAUUCACUCACUCAUACUCUCUUUCUUUCAUUAUUGAAUUAUUUCAUACAGAUAACAAAAGCAUGGCUGGUGGAGGUUUGAAGAAGUCGUGCCCUACAUGCCAGGAAAAAAUAUUUAAUGGAUGUAAGGUCUGCCCCAUGUGCAAGACAGCACAGCCGCAACAUCUAAGGCUGAAAAAGAAAAUUGAAAAAUUCAAGAUGGAAAAGGAGUCUUGGGUGGCUAAGAAAAAGAAAAAUCAAAUAACAUCUCAUUUAAUGGAUGAUGCCGUGAUUUUGAUUGAGAAACUGAAUGCAGUGGGCUGGAGGCCCAUGCUUUUUCUUGAGUACCCCAACAAGGAGGUCAAGAUGCUGCUGCCAGAGGGGCUCGAAUUAAGUUCGGGAGAGAAUAUAUGUCUUAAUAACAUGAACGCAAUCUACAGCAUGAUAGUUCAAGGAAAGACAGUGCCAGCAGACCCUUCUAGCAACCAGGCCUCAACCAGUAAUCUGCAACUGGGUCCAGAAGAGGAGACCAUUGUUGUUUUAAAUUUAGAGUCCAUUCAAGACCCUCCACCACAACAAGAGGAGGCUCUUCUGUUAACCAGCCCUGCCACCAACACCAACGAGGGGGCACAGACUGAGACAGAGGAGGCUCUUCUGUCAACCAUCCCUGCCACCAACACCAACGAGGGGGCACAGACUGAGACAGAGGAGGCUCUUCUGUUAACCAGCCCUGCCACCAACACCAACGAGGGGGCACAGACUGAGACAGAGGAGGCUCUUCUGUCAACCAGCCCUGCCACCAACACCAACGAGGGGGCACAGACUGAGACAGAGGAGGCUCUUCUGUCAACCAGCCCUGCCACCAACACCAACGAGGGGCUAAAAAAGGACAAAACCCCCAAAAGACGCCAAAGGACAAAAGUUUCUAAAAAAGAAAAGGAUUGUCCACACAACAGCCAGGAGGUGCACGCAUAUAGAUGCGUGAUCAAAACUAGGAAGAGAAAGGGGAAGAUGGAGAAAUUGAUAGAUUGGCUCCCCUGCAAACUGUGCGGGAAAACCUGGCCUCCAACAUGGGAGACUGCUUGACACACACACACGCACACACAAUCACUCACUCACUCACUCACUCAUUCUCUC